CCUGCAGAGCGAGAUGGAGACCACCUUCGACCUGCGCGCGAGGCUGCUCCACAUCAGUGAGGAGCAGCAGCGGGACGAGGAGAGAGAGACGGAGAGCAGCGCCUCGGGCAGCUCCGCCUCCACGCCUGCAGACAGACUCAGGCAAAGACUCUCCAGGACAGCCCCUAGUAUUAGACUGGAAACUCCUGAUCAACCUCAAGUUCCCUUCGAAUUGGAGGUACUCGCAGAAGAGAUGGUUGCGACUCCACGGAGGAUUCAGACGGUGCCGGAGGCCCACCCUUUGGCCGACGACGAGGUGCGAGGGCUGCUGGCGGAGGAGCGGGAACCUCCAGCCAGGGAGGGAGAGCAGGCAGGCGUGGGCGUGGCCCGGACUCCAGAGCCCUCGCCGCCUCGGGUCGAGGCUCCACCGCCCAGGCACGCGAGACUGAGCGAUGUGACUCCGGAGUCGGUGUUGGCUGCCCUGCUGCCGCUGUGGGCCGCCGGCGAUGGCACCACCUUCCGCCAGCUCUGCCCGCCGGCGUCGACCGUGAGGGUCCGCGCUGCCAAGACAUUCGCCACUCUGCUCAAUUUAUCGGCCAAGAAACAAUUGUGGCUUGAACAAGAGAACGGAAGACAUUACGGAGAAAUUUUCAUCCACCAGACUACAGCUAGGAGCCAGGCGUAGACAUGUGCCAUUCUGACUUGAGUGUGUUGCCUUGACCCAGCAAACAGCAGUUACAACUUCUCUUGGCUGAGUGCGAUGCCGAGCCUUGGUUUGCAUCCUACCACACAAUUUAUUACAUUACAAAA